AUGAAACAAAAAUUUUCAGUAUUGGACGUAGCAGCCUGUGUUAAUGAACUCAAAAGAAUUCUAGUUGGAAAAUACAUGGCAAACUUCUAUUCUAAGAAGCAGAAGGUGUAUUACAUACGAUUUGGAAGCAAGGAUGUUCUAGCAGUGGAACCAGGAUUUAGGAUGCAUCUAACAACACUAUACGAGAGUGAAAUAAACCACUUUGCAAAGAAGCUGAGGGAACACAUCAGAAACUACAGAGUUAUUGACAUAUUUCAGUAUGGAUUUGAUAGAAUCAUAGUAUUUGAUCUAUUGAAAUACAAAUUGGUCUUUGAAUUCUACAGCCUUGGUAACAUCAUAUUGAUAGACAAUGAGAACACCAUUGUAGAUUUACAGAGACCAAUUGAGCAGUUGAACUAUGCAAAGGGAAAGAAGUAUUUCUGGAAUAAGAUUGAAUUGGGAUUCAGCAAGGAGUGUUUUGAGACAACAAUUGAUGAUUUCGUAGAGAAGGCGCCAAUUGAGAACGGGUUUGGAGCACAGGCUAUUGACAGAUUCAUGAAGAAGAACAAAACAACAUUUGAAGAGAUCAAGGCAUGUGCAGAAAAACAGAAAGAAUUAACAGAAUUCAUCAGGGAGGAAAUUGAAAAACUAUCUUGGAAUGGACAAGUUGUCUUCAAGAAGAAUAAACCAGAUGACUUUGGACCAUACAGCAUCAUAGAAGAUGUAACAGCAUUUGACAGAGACGAGACUAACUGUGUCAUAUCAGAGAAAACACCUUUUAAACUAAUUGGCAUCGAAAGAGUAAAAUGCUAUUUGGAAUCAAAGAAGACAAAUGCACUCUCAUUUGGAUCAUUCAAUGAGACUGCAUUUGUCUAUUACGAACUGGAAUCAUUCAUAAAGGCAUCUAAAAUAAGCAAAGUGCCUAAGCAUGAGAAAAUUCAAAGAGCACAAACAAAAUACAUUGGUGAACUACAGACACAAGAAGAGACCAUUAAGACAGUUGUGAAUAUGAUUGAAGAAAACAGGGAGUUCUUUGCCAAGAUUCUUAGGAUAUUUGCAUCUGUCUACGAGAAUAGGAUGUCAUGGGAGGCAUUUGAUCAUUUUCAUAAGAAUGAGAAAAAGAAAGGCAACAAGAGUGCUGAAGCAAUAAAGAGCUACGAUUUGGGGAAGAAGAGUGCAAUUGUGGAGUGUGAAGGACAUGUGGUUGAAUUGGACCUGAAUCUGAGUCUGAGUCAAAACAUCCAGAAAAUAUACAAGAAAAAGAAGAAGGUGAAUGAGAAGGAGAUUAAGACGAAAAUAGCAAUGCUCGCUGUUUCAGAGAAAAUGAAGCCAAAAAGAGAGGCCGUGAAAACACAGGAGCGAGUUCAGUACUGGUUUGAGAAAUUCAACUAUUUUAUAUCAGAAAACAACACCUUAUUAAUUGGAGGAAGAAAUGCCCAGCAAAAUGAGACAGUUGUAUCAAAAUACAUGGAUCCAGGUGAUCUAUAUUUCCACUGUGACGUCAAAGGAGCCAGUUCUGUGGUUUGUAAGGGAACCACUGAUCAGAAUAUCACUGAUUCGACCUAUAUGGCAUUGGUCUACUCUAAGUCGUGGGAUGAGCAGGUGAUGAAAGACGUCUUCUACGUGAAUCCGGAACAGGUGUCCAAAUCAGCCCCAUCAGGCGAAUUCAUUCCAAAGGGGUCCUUUAUGAUAUCAGGGAAAAAGACGUUUGCUCAUCCUCACAGAUUGGAGUAUGGGAUUGGAAUUGUAUUCAAACUAAGAAACGAGAAGGAGCUGCUUGGAUUUACAGAUGACCCCUGUGAUCAUGAAAUUGAUCACGCAAUGCCAAUUGCUGGGUCCUGGACCACCCUUAGAAAAUACAGAUAUUCGGCCAGGCUGGUUCCAGGCGCAGAGAGAAAGCAGAAGAUUGCGCAGUCUCUGACACAGACAUUCGACAAAGAGAGCAUUGAGACGCCUCACAACAAGGCAAUCAGGGCAAUUGGCCUCCAGGAGAUCAUCAACGUGCUUCCUGGCAAAUGCAGAAUAGCCAAAAAGUAG